AUGGAUAUAACAGAAACUUUCCGUACUGAAGAUAUAUCUAAAACCGAUUUUUUUGAUUUCGUAAUAGCCCCGGAUAAUAAUCAAUCAUUCCAAUCAUUUACAAAACAAAUGCGUGCAGUGAAUGUAUAUUUAGAAGACGACAAUGGUGAUCCAAAAAUCGAACCGAAUAACAACACAUUAAUAAUUGACCAGGAUCAUCAAACACUAAAUAGUACAACGCUAGAUGUAACUAAUUCAACCUUAAAUUCAUCAUCAAUUUCCACAUCAUACGAUCCAUUAUUUUGGAAUUGUGAUAAAGAAACUGUACGCCUAGAAACAGCAAUAUUAGAAGACUUAAAUAAGUAUUGUUGGAGUCAAGAUACCACUGACACCAUUGUAACGAAUAAUAUAAACAAUGCUAACAGUGGAAGUUCAUGUGAUACUGCCAAUAACAAUAACAAUCCUAAAUUAUUAAAUAAUAACACCGAUGGACAUAUAUACACAUUAACUGUAUUAAAUGGCGUGGAACAAACACAUUGGUAUCGCCCACCAACAACUUUAUUAUCACACCAAUCAAUUGUUAAAGAUGAUCAUGAUGGAUCAUUACCUGCACCCAGUCCAAUGGAACAUAUACCACAACCUCAAUUAGACAUUGAUUCGAUAUUAAACAUAAUUCCAAAUGGUUAUAACAAUAAUUAUGACCAACAAACAUUAAGUCCUCACAAUACGGUACAAUUAACAACGGACGGUUUAAUCAAAUCUGAAACAUUCACUUACGAUGAUAGUGGUUAUGCAGAUACAAAAGAUGAAAUUACGAAUGCGUUAAUGAUUGAUACACCGAUGUUAGAAGCACAUGAUAACUUCAAUAAUAAUAACAAUAACGAUUGGAAAACUGAUAAUAAUAAUACGAAUAACAAUAACGAUAAUAAUAACAAUAAUAGUAAUAGUAACAAUAAUAAUACGAAUAGUAAUAAUUCUAGUGGAAAUACAGCUGAAUCGUUAUUACGUUCUGCAUUACAAGGUAAAACAUUUCUUCGAUAUCAAAAGAAAACUUUACCUCAUAGUGAAUCACAUAGUGAAUUAAGGCGAGCAUUAUCUACUCCACCAUCAAAAACUGAAGAAUUACCACCCUCUGCUACCACAAACGAUCAUCAAAUGAUGACUUUACAAUUAAGUAACAAUAACAUUAUAUUAUUUGAUAACAGCAAUCAAAUGAUUCAUCAUCCAGAAUCGAGUACACAAAGUAUGGAUGAUUUAUUAUUAUCACAAUUAGAUACAACCUCCUAUCCAGUUGAAGAUUAUGAAAAGCUAAAACAUAUUGCAAAUGAAGUAGUGGAGUCUGUACAACAAUACUGCCAAUUAGAUAGGGUAGCAAUUGUUGAUGCAAAUAAUAUUUAUGUGAAUGCAAGUGAUUUACAAAGUCUUGGCGGUGGUAAUAAUACUGAGAUUAUUGCACCCGUUACAACAACAUCGUCGGGUGCAACAAUUAUCCAAACAACAAAUAUUAAUCCAUCACCACCCACAACAAAUUUAUCAACAAUAACUACCGCUGUUGUAACAAGUUCCAAACCAACAACAAAAAAGUACAAACGUACAAAUAGUAAUAGUUCAACAAAACAAAAUACAAAUAAUAAUAAUAAUAUGCAAACAAAUGUUCAAACAGCAACAUCCACUAGUAAUGGUGUUCGUAAAGAACGCUCCUUACAUUACUGUAGUAUAUGUUCCAAAGGUUUUAAAGAUAAAUACUCAGUGAAUGUUCAUAUACGUACACAUACUGGAGAGAAACCAUUUGCAUGUAGUUUAUGUGGUAAAAGUUUUCGACAAAAAGCACAUUUAGCGAAACAUUAUCAAACACAUAUUGCUCAAAAGAAUGCUGCUGCAAAUGCAACGAAUUCAACAACAAUAACGACACCAAUUUCUAUAAAUAGUAUUAGUACAAGUGCAUCAGUAACUUGCACACCUAUGACACCCACAACGAAUGUAAUAACAACAAGUAGGUAG